CUCUCCAUCUUCCCCACCUUGAAUUGAAUUGUAUAAUAUUAUAAUAUAAAACCCAUUGAAGCCAGGCUCUGGUUUUACAGAAGAAAAGCCAAUCAUCAAUCUUCCAAGCAUUCAUUGCCCACGAAAAAAUGGAGAUUCGCCGGCUCAUCUUCUUCCUCGCCGCGGCCGCUGCUCUCUUCCCUGUCUGCUACUCCGUCGGCCAUUCUCAGCAGUCGAAUGCUUCGUUCGCGGAGGAAAUGGUGAGGCUGGCCAGGGAACCCGGCACCGCGAACUGGAUGAAGGGCUUGAGGAGGGAAAUCCACCGGAACCCGGAGCUUGCUUUCGAGGAAUUUGCGACGAGCGCCGUCAUCCGGCGGGAGCUUGACAGGAUGGGGAUUGCGUACCGGUGGCCGGUGGCGGAGACUGGCGUCGUCGCCACCAUUGGCUCCGGUGCUCCACCCUUUGUUGCUCUCAGGGCUGAUAUGGAUGCUUUGCCUAUUCAGGAAAUGGUGGAGUGGGAGCACAAGAGCAGAAUAGAUGGGAAAAUGCAUGCCUGUGGACAUGAUGCUCAUGUUGCUAUGCUCCUUGGAGCCGCAAAGAUACUGCAACAAGUCCAAGACAAGUUGCAUGGAACUGUUGUUCUAAUCUUCCAACCAGGCGAGGAACGAGGCCACGGUGCGAAAGACAUGAUCCUGGAUGGUGCACUUGAAAAUGUGGAGGCCAUUUUUGGGUUGCACGUUGUGCAUAAGUACCCAGCUGGGACUGUUGCGUCACGGCCUGGAGAGUUUCUAGCUGGAUGUGGCAGCUUCAAGGCGAAGAUCAAAGGGAAAGGUGGGCACGCCGCAAUCCCACAGAACUCCAUCGAUCCUAUCUUGGCAGCUUCCACAUCAGUGAUUAGCUUGCAGAGCAUUGUUGCGAGGGAGACUGAUCCUUUGGAUUCUCAGGUGGUUUCUGUGGCAAUGAUUCAGGGAGGUUCAGCAUUUAACAUCAUUCCAGACUCGGCCACAAUAGCCGGUACAUUUAGGGCAUUCAGCAAGAAAAACUUCGAUGGCCUUAGAGAAAGAAUAGCAGAGGUCAUACAAGCCCAAGCAGCCGUACAUCGAUGCUCGGCUGAGAUUGAUUUCCACGGGAGAGAACAUCCCAGCAUUCCCCCAACUGUAAACGACGAAAUAGUAAGUCAACAUGUUAAAGAAAUUUCAAGUAUGAUUGUUGGAGAAGAAAACACAAAGCUGGCCCCCAGUUUCAUGGGCAGCGAAGACUUUGCUUUCUACCUAGAAAAGGUUCCCGGUUCCUUCCUUUUUCUAGGGAUAGGGAACGAGAAAACUGGAUCGAUUCAUCCUGUUCAUAGUCCUUACUUCACCAUCGACGAAGAUGCACUUCCCACUGGAGCAGCAAUACAUGCUGCGUUUGCUUAUUCAUACCUCCAAAAAUUGUCAAGGAGGGCCAUCUCAGUUGUUGUCAUGUAAUUGGGAUCAUUCUUCUGUGGUUUUGCAUCACAGUUAAGCUUCCACAUGAAGUAAAUCUGAUCUUUGAGCUUGAGCUUGGUAGGUUAGAUUCACAGGGAAUAUAUUUAUAUAUAUACACACAACACACACACACACACACACACACACACACAUAGCAACAGCUAGCAUAACAUUCUUUCUCUCAUGCUCAUACACUGCAUUAGGAAAUUGGGUUUCCUCUUUUUUCCAUUUUGAAUUCAUUUAUUUGUAACAUUACCUCUAUUGGCACUUCCUUAUUUGCCUUAAAUUCUGGUGGGUUCGCAUAACUUAA